AUGAUCAUAGCGGUGGUGGGGUGCACGCACGGAGAGCUGAAUUUCAUUUAUGCAACGAUAGAAAAGUUGGAGUAUGACAAUAACUUUAAGGUGGACCUGCUGAUCUGUUGUGGAGAUUUCGAAUGCGUACGUUACGGAGUGGACAAUGAUUGUAUGAACGUGCCAAACAAGUACAAGAAGGAAGAAAAUGAUUUCAAGGAUUACUUCACAGGAAAGAGAAAAGCAAGAGUGUUAACCAUAUUCAUUGGAGGGAACCAUGAAGCGGUAAAUGUACUAAAGCAACUGUACUACGGAGGAUGGGUAGCACCGAAUAUAUAUUUCCUUGGGUACUCAAAUAUACAUAACAUCAAUGACUUGAGAAUUUGCAGCCUCAGUGGGAUAUACAAAAAAUACAAUUUUUAUAAACGAUACAAUGAGCAUUAUCCUUAUGACGAUAUAAGUAAGGUGAGUUCCUACCACAUUCGAAAGUAUGAACUCGAGAAAUUAAAACUGUUGAAGGAAAAAGUGGACAUAGUUGUGACUCAUGAUUGGCCAAACAAUAUAGAGAAACAUGGAGACAUGCAUGAUCUCCUUAGGAGGAAAUUUCAUUUUCAAUCAGAUAUAUAUAAUAAUACUCUUGGUAAUCCACAUACUGAAUUUUUAUUAAAUAAAUUGAAACCCUAUUUUUGGUUUUCCUCACAUUUACACGUAAAAUAUUCUGCCAUUUAUUUACAUGGUGAUCAAAAAAGCUAUACUCGGUUCCUUUCCCUAGACAAAGCCGAACCGAGGAAAAAUUUCAUUCAAAUUUUGAACAUUGAAAAAAGGAACAACGUUCCAUAUUUGUCUUUUGAUCAUUUGUCCAGAUCCUAUACGCACUACCCAUAUGGUAGGAGCAGCUAUUUCAAUGAGGACUACGAGGAGUUGCUGCAGCAUGUGGAGGAUGUGCAGCGCAAGGAUGCUGAAGACGGUACCGAGGGGCACAGUGGGGGAAAGGGACAGGAAAAGAGUUACCAGGGGAGCGAAUCAACCCCUAAGGAGAAUGCCACAGAGGACGCAACUCCUAAGCAUAAUACUACGGAGGAAACAACGCCUAAGGAUAACAACGCUGUGGAAAGCGCAACUAAACAGAUCUCCCCGCAGAAAUCCCCCUCCCGGAGGGGCAGCAGUGCCGAGCGCAAGCAGUUAUACAUAUGCUACGACGAGGAGUGGCUAGCCAUUUUGAAGGCCAACCACCACCUCAUCUCGGAGAGCAGUGAUAAGGAUUACAAUUUGGAGCAGCUCACGUACCCCUCUAAGGAGGACUUUGAGUAUAUUAAGGAGAAAUUGGAGAAGCUGGAAAAAAUAUCCAUCAAGGGGAAGGACUAUUAUUUGGUCCACGGGCACAACAACCCCAGUUAUAAAAACCUGGGUGAGCAAAGGCAGGUCUUUCUGAACCGCUUUGAUUUUGAGGAGCUCGGAAUAUACGACGACUAUGAGCGUACGUUUUUUGCGGAGGAAGCGCAGAAGAUGCAGGCAGGGUUGCCACUGGAUCCACCUAAAUUGGCCAAACAUCAAAAGGGUGGAAAGGAGGGUGAACAGGAGGAACCAGGACAGAAUAACCAAACUGAUGAACACGGUGAAGGCAACCCUAACGGGAACAAUGCGUCCCAUUCGGGAAACGACCCCAACGAAAUUUCCCCUAGCACAGACUGCUGA